UAGUCUGGUCACCCCCCUCACACACUAUGAGAGGCUGAGAGGAGGACAGUGUUGAGGCCACAGCUCCAGCCUGCAGGUGACAUUCCCUGGCUCAGGUGACAGAGCAAGAUACAGGAGGCACAUGGGCUCAGGAGAGUUCUCUUAGGCCUGGAACUCAGUGCUGCCUAGUGAGCACCAAGGGAGCCAUGGUGCUGCUGAGCGGGGAAUGGCUGGGGUCCGUGGCCGUGGCCGUGGUCAUCUUCCUGCUCCUCGUGGACCUGAUGCACCGCAGAGCACGCUGGGCAGCUCACUACCCACCUGGCCCCACGUUUCUGCCUGGGCUGGGCAACCUGCUACAGCUGGACUUCCAGGACCUGCCGCGCUCCAUGGGCCAGCUGAGGCGCCGCUAUGGGAACGUGUUCAGCCUGCAGAUGGCCUGGACGCCCACAGUCGUGCUCAAUGGCCUGGCGGCCGUGCGUGAGGCGCUGGUGGAGCGAAGUGAGGACACCUCAGACCGGCCCCCUUCUACUGUGUAUGAGCACCUGGGCUUAGGCCCUCGCUCUGAAGGGGUCAUCCUGGCGCGCUAUGGACACGCGUGGCGCGAGCAGCGGCGCUUCUCUCUGUCCACCAUGCGCAACUUCGGGCUGGGCAAGAAGUCCUUGGAGGAGUCGGUGACUGAGGAGGCCUCCUGCCUCUGUGCCGCCUUUGCUGCCCAGGAUGGCAGCCCCUUUCGCCCCAAGGAGCUCCUGAACAAGGCUGUGAGCAAUGUGAUCUCCUCCCUCAUCUAUGCGCGCCGCUUUGAGUAUGAUGACCCUCACUUCCUCAAGAUGCUCGAUCUCAUGGAUGAUUUCCUGAAAGAGGACUCUGGCUUCGUCCGUCAGGUGCUGAGUGAGAUCCCUGUGCUCCUGAAAAUCCCAGGGAUGGCAAAAAGGUUCUUUCCAGGGCAGAAGGCCUUGAUGGCCAUGCUGGAUGAGCUCAACAGCGAGAACAGGAUGACCUGGGAACCAGACCAGCCACGAGACCUGACUGACGCCUUCCUGGAUGAGGUGGAGAAGGCCAAGGGGAACCCUGAGAGCACCUUCAACGAUGCGAACCUGCGCAUGGUGGUGGCAGACCUGUUCACUGCGGGGAUGGUGACCACGUCGACCACCCUGGCCUGGGCCCUCCUGCUCAUGAUCCUGCACCCGGACGUGCAGCGCCGGGUUCAGCAGGAGAUUGAUGAGGUGAUAGGGCAGUCGCGCCCACCAGAGAUGGCAGACCAGGCCCACAUGCCCUACACCAUGGCCGUGAUCCAUGAGGUGCAGCGCUUUGGGGACAUUGUGCCACUGGGAGUGCCUCACAUGACAUCCCGGGACACUGAAGUGCAGGGCUACCGCAUCCCCAAGGGCACAGUGCUCCUCACCAACCUGUCAUCUGUGCUGAAGGAUGAGAGCUGCUGGAAGAAGCCCUUGCGCUUCUACCCUGAGCACUUCCUGGAUGACCAAGGCUGCUUUGUGAAGAAGGAGGCCUUCAUACCCUUCUCAGCAGGCCGCCGAGUGUGUCUGGGGGAGCCCCUGGCACGCAUGGAGCUCUUUCUCUUCUUCACCUGCCUCCUGCAGCGCUUCAGCUUCUCGGUGCCCACAGGGCAGCCGCGGCCCAGCGACCACGCGGAGGUGGCUUUCCUGUCGACCCCAGCUCCUUACCAGCUCUGUGCCAUGUCCCGCUAGAGGCACCAGGUGAAACCCCAGAUAGCUUCUGGUGUUGGCCCCCGGUGCUCAAUAAACCAUCUGUGCCUCCCACUGGAUGUUUCCUGCAGUGAUUGGACCUCAGCUGCUUGCAUCAGGCCACCCCUGCCCUCCUCAUGUAUCUGUACUAACAGAGAAUUUAUAUAUAUAUAUAUAUU